UAAAAUAAAAUCAAUUCUUAUUUCUAGGUGAUGGAAAAAUUGCAGUUUGUAUGUAACUGAAUACUGCUGAAGUGAGUGAAAUUGAUAGCUUGAUUUUAAAUUUUGGUGGUAACAAUGCCCUGUGUCUAUUUAAUCCAGUGGUCCUCAUGCUUUAGUGUGCCUGAGCAUCACAUGGAAGGAAAAUUAAAUACAAUUGGGGGUCUCUGGUUCAUGGAGGCUAGGUAGGUUCCCUAAAGGCACAUUCUAAAAAAAUAAAUGUUGAAGUGAUGCUGAGCUGCCAUGACACACUUUCACACCAUUAAGUAGAUUUAACACACUCAAACUUCAGAAUAAGUCAAGUAUAUCUUCCCAGUAGAGGCAUCUACCCAAGGGAUUUUACUGCUAACAGAAAGCCAUUUCAGUUGGAAAUAUUGUGCUUGUACACAAUGCAUGUUCUUUUUCACAAAUUGCAGACGCCAGAAAUAUUAAUAUAAAUAUAAAGCAGUAACAAAUUUAUCCUACAAUUUCACUCCAAAUGUAUCUUUUGCCUUGUUGGUAUAAAAGUUAAAGAAUUGCAUAUAACAGUGAUACAAAGGUGAUUUAAUUUAAUAUUAGCUUUACCUACAGACUCAAAACUACAAAAAGCAUUUUUCAUUUAUUAAGUUCUAUUCAGGUCAAUCAUGAAGGCUGCUUCAUGCAAUCAGGCUGGCAAUGGAUACAACUGCUUUCUUUCCUAAUUUAAUUUGAGAGUCUGAUAAUUUAUAAUGGGAUGAUGCUGUUUUGCCCACAAAGACGUUAAUCAAACACAGAUUUUAGGUAAUGACAUUAUGAACUAGGAUAAAACAAGGAGCAAAAGGCUUACCAUCCCUAAGGAAGCACACAUUUUGAGAUAAUAGAAUUACUUGUUAGACAGUCACACAUCAUCCACUUUGAGCACAGUAUGUUUUCAGGUGAACAGACAUUGAAAAAGCAAGCUUGCAACAUUCUCCUGGGAACAGAUUUAGAAGACUUCAUCUCAACUUGGAUUUAUCACUUAUUUGCAUGGAAAAUCCCCCCCCCAAAAAAAAAACUUGUAGCUUACUGAUUCUAUGACAGGUUUUAGAUAAAAGCAACAGUAUCUUCAACUGUUUUUCAAAGAUGACUUCUCAGCCACCUUUGCCCCCUUAUUUCCCAAGAGAUAAAAGCAGAAGUCCUAAAACCAGACAGAUUCAGUGUCUGCACAGCUUUGAAUGUGCAGUGGAAAGUAAUCUCCUACUGGGAUGUUCUUCCUUCCCUUCUCCCUUUAUUUCUCUCUAGAACACUCCAGACUGCAUUGCUGAAAACUCAGCAGAUUCUCUAUCACAGAAGGCAUUGGCAACUAACCUACAUGACUGAGGAGAAACACCAGAUGCCAGCCUGCAAGUUCUACUAACUAGAAUUACUGGAGACACCCAAUUCCUUCAAAAUCAACGGAAUAACCAGGAGCUGGCACAAUGGAGAUGUCUGGGGUUGACACCACUGCAGCCAAUACCACCUUGAUACCUGGGAAUGUCACCCUGUGCAGCAGAGACUACAAGAUAACUCAGGUUCUCUUCCCCUUGCUCUACACUGUCCUGUUCUUCGCCGGACUCAUCACAAACAGCUUGGCAAUGAGGAUUUUCUUUCAAAUCCGCAGUAAAUCCAACUUCAUUAUUUUCCUUAAGAACACAGUCAUUUCUGAUCUUCUCAUGAUUCUAACUUUUCCAUUCAAAAUUCUCAGUGAUGCCAAACUGGGAGCCGGGCCUCUGAGAACCUUGGUGUGCCAAGUUACCUCAGUCACGUUUUAUUUCACAAUGUAUAUCAGUAUAUCAUUCCUUGGAUUGAUAACCAUUGACCGCUACCUGAAGACCACCAGGCCAUUUAAAACUUCCACCCCCAGCAACCUCUUGGGUGCAAAGAUUCUUUCUGUUGUCAUCUGGGCCUUCAUGUUCUUCCUCUCACUGCCGAACAUGAUUCUCACCAACAGGAGGCCAGAAGACAAGAACAUAAAGAAAUGUUCCUUCUUAAAGUCAGAGUUUGGACUGGUCUGGCAUGAAAUAGUCAAUUACAUCUGUCAAGUCAUUUUCUGGAUUAAUUUCCUAAUUGUCAUUGUUUGUUACAGUCUUAUUACAAAAGAACUCUAUAGGUCCUAUGUAAGAACAAGAGGUGUAGGCAAAGUUCCCAAGAAAAAGGUGAAUGUCAAAGUUUUUAUCAUCAUUGCUGUGUUCUUCAUUUGUUUUGUUCCCUUCCAUUUUGCACGGAUUCCCUACACCCUGAGCCAAACGCGGGCUGUCUUUGACUGCGCUGCUGAGAACACUCUGUUCUAUGUGAAGGAGAGCACCUUGUGGCUGACGUCCCUGAACGCCUGCCUUGACCCAUUCAUAUAUUUUUUUCUUUGCAAGUCUUUCCGAAAUUCCUUGACAAGUAUGCUGAGGUGUUCUAAUGCUACGUCACCCUCUGGAGAAAACAAAAAGAAAGGACAGGAAAGUGGUGACCCAAGUGAGGAGACCCCAAUGUAAAAUGUGACUUGAGGGCUGCUUCAGUCUGUAGUGUGCAGACUCCUCUGAGGAAAUCACCAUGCAAAAAUAGUAACACUCACUUAAAAGAAGCUGAGCUAAUGACUCUUUAGAUAACCAAUAAAAUAGGGAAAUAAUCUUUAUCUAAUAUAUAUAUUAGAUAUAUUGCAUACAUAUAUGCCAUCUUAAAAUAAAAGGGAAAAAUACUAUCUGCAGAGGUAUAGUAAAAUAAACAGCAUCCUAUUGCUAUACUGCAAGCAAACCCACAAAGAAUUAAUGCCUUACCCAGUUUCUGCAAAAUGAGCAAUCAUGAAGUGUAACAUUCACUGGCAUUUUAAAAUCCAUUACCAAUCAGUAUUAUUUUUGUUAUAAGUGAAAAAUUUAUGUUUGACCUGAUACAUCAAGCAUAGUAACUACUGACUUCUCAUUUAUAGUAACAGGGGGGACAACAACCGCACAGACACUUAAACCAAAUGAAAUGGCAUUGGAUGAGGCCUGAAUUAGUAUAAAUGCUCACUAAGAUGGUAGAGGUUUAAAGAUGUAUCUUUCCAUAAAGAACAGAUAUAGUGAAUAAACCAUUAACUUAAGUGUAAACUUCCAUAACAUUCUAAUAUUUAAAAGAAAAUAUAUUACUACUUCCUUAACACUAGAGAAAGCAACUUCACUAAGAUUCUGAGGUUACUCAGUACAGUGCCAUCGUUGGCACUUAUCUUUGUUAAUCAGCUUUGGAAAUGGCUGCUGCUUGAAUGACAAAAACACUGCUUAGAAAGAAAAAAUAAGUAGCUAUAAUUACCAAAUUGCACCUCACAUCUACUAAUAAGAAAGCAAUUGAACUAUCUGACAUUACCUGUUUGUAAUCAUGUGUAUUAUAUAAAAAUUGCAUUUAUUCUGUAUUGUUUUGUUUGAAUUUCUUUGUUCAAACGUUUAGAGACAAUGGCUCAAACUUCUUCUCCUAUAUUAAACAGUAAAUGUAUUUAAGAACUGU